AUGCCCACGCCGCGCUCGAAGUCGUUCCUCUCCCACCGACCGAAAACUUCUUCAGCCGUCAACGACGGGCUCGCGCCUCACCGCGCUGUGCCAGUCCUGAAAAAGACCGCCUCUCAGACCUUCAGUGCCUAUACGGAUGCGAAGGACGUAGGACCGCAGUUGGAGCGAGUGAGCGAGGACCGAACACUCGUGGACUUCGAUAGCGCACACCCGACAGUUCUCUCGAGCGUGAAGCAGAUGUACCACCGGCUAUCUUCGUCUUCUAAGAAGCGACCCCCGCCUCCAGAACUUGGAGACCUUGCAGGUUCAGCAAUGAGUAAAGUUCGUCGGAGCAGCCAUGACUCGGAAAUGGUCGACGCCUCAGUGGGAUGUUGCUUGAUGCCCCAAUCGCAAACACAGAGCGGCUCCCGAUUGACGCGGCGAUUUGGAAGUAUGCGGAACCGACGGCAAGCUACUUCAGGACCCGCGGGAGAAGCUGCUCGAUAUAACCCUGAACCCCCACCCAUGCCGACAAAUUAUGCGGGCCCGCCAGUCAUCCCCACUGACUCGUCCCGAGGCUCUGCAGCACGCGCUGCAGCAGCGGCUCAGAAUGAGCGAUUGAGCUUGACGAAACAGGCGCGACGGGAUGCCGAAGUGACUGCGAAAUUCCUGUCCGAUGGGGACAUGUACACAGCCGGAGAUGACGUUACAAGAGACAAUGAAAGCGGUGUCGGUAUGACCUGCUCCUCGCCCAUUGAAGGACGAGAAUAUCCGAUUGAAACAAGGCACGAUCCCAUUCAGUACCUGCCUGCUGAGCUCUCCACCAUGAUACUCUCCAACUUGACCGCUGCAACACUAGCACAAACCGAGGUCCUAUCCAAAGCAUGGCGAGCCGCUGCCUCAUCGAGCUAUGCGUGGCGUGCCGUAUUCUUGCGUAGGUUUGAGCCGGAAAAUCACGUCUCACCAACGCCGAUCAUGAUGGGUGGAGCCGGCGUCGGCAAGAAGAACGGUAGCAGGUUCGACCCUGGCCAGAAGUGGAAACGAAUGUACCAAGUUCGUUGUACGCUAGAACGUCGGUGGGCAGCUGGUACUCCAAAUGCAAUCUAUCUAAAUGGGCACACCGACUCGGUCUAUUGCUGCCAAUUCGACGAGCACAAAAUCAUAACCGGCUCGCGCGAUCGCACCAUCCGCGUGUGGAAUCUGAAAACCUUUGAAUGUCUUAAAGUAAUCGGUGGUCCUGCAAAUCGGCCAUUCGCAUCUGACUCGGCUCCUCUGGACAUUCACGAAAAUACAGUCCUGAAUCCUCGAUCGGUCAAUGGCACUCCCGCGGGCCAAAAGCUCUACAGUGUCCCAACUGAUUACCACGAAGCUAGUAUCCUGUGUUUACAAUUUGACUCCAAGAUCAUGGUCACUGGAUCUUCCGAUCACACAUGCAUUGUGUGGGACAUUUCGGGAGAUGACUACAUUCCUAAAUAUCGCCUCCGCCGUCACACUGCUGGGGUACUAGAUGUUUGUUUGGACGACAAAUACAUCAUUUCUUGCUCCAAAGAUGCAACCAUCAAUGUCUGGGAUCGCCAGACAGGUGGUCAUGUCAAGGAGCUCACCGGGCACCAGGGUCCUGUCAACGCAGUCCAGCUCCGUGGGAACCUUCUCGUAUCUGCUUCGGGUGAUGGUAUCGCUAAACUCUGGAAUCUUGAUUCCGGCACUUGCAUUAAAGACUUCAAAUCCCAAGACCGUGGUCUCGCAGCGGUUGAGUUCUCUGAUGAUGCAAAGUAUGUUCUGGCUGGCGGGAACGAUCACGUGGUGUACAAGUUUGACACUACAACUGGCCAGCUUCUGCAUACCUCUUCACGACAUGGCGGUCUAGUUCGAUCACUUUUCCUAGAUGCUCACAACAAUCGUGUCAUUAGCGGUAGCUACGACCAAAGCAUCCGGAUCAGCCACUACGAUUCCGGCGAGACCUUCGGGAUCUACAAAGAUUGGACCACGAGUUGGAUACUUAGUGCCAAGAGCGACUACCGCAGAGUAGUGGCAACGAGCCAGGACGGCAGAGUCGUGAUCUUAGAUUUCGGCUGGGGAGUGCACGAUGUGCACUUGUUAGAAGGAAGAUGA